AUGACGCCGCGGACGGAGACGCCUACAAAACAAAUGACUCCUUCGGACGACCACAUGUCGACCUUCCCCUCCAUGGCCUCUCUCGCACUUCCAGAGAGUGUUGAAUUGCCGCCCUCGCCCCAAUAUGAGGCUCCCGAACUUCCGUCCUCGCCGUCGCCUGCAUCCUCGCCUCGAGUCGAGGGCGGAUCCCAAGCAGACCGCGCCGAAUAUUUCUCCCUCACUACACCACCUCGGACCCGGCCACUAUCUCCCUCAGGAAGGGUGCGGCCGCUGUCGACAGGAGGAAGCACCAUCCUACCGCCUAUGCAACGAGCUCACUCCUCACCUGGCGUAGAUUCCUCUGGUCGAUACAUUACCCCUUAUGCCACAAGCAGAAGACCCUCUUCGCCGUUGAAUUCUGGAAGGAGGAGGAGUCCACUGAGGUCGGCUAUGGAAGAGACAUACCCAAAUCACAGCAGCCUGUCAUCCUGGAGUGGUCUGAACAUUGAACCAAACAUACCGGAGAAUGCAGAGCUUGAGUUGGCUGGGGAUGUUGAGGCUCCGCAACCUUCACCUGUUGCCUCAUAUUCCAACACAUUCCCCAGAUCUCGUCGUCGUAUACCCCUGCACCAAAGUGCGAGCGCACCGUCAUUACACGCCAGAGCCGUCAGUCCGAGCUUGUCUGGGAGAGUUUCGCCAUCGCCAUCCUUUACUUCGCAAAAAUACGCUUACGAACCUUACCCGUCGUACUCAUACAGCUCCGCCUCCAGUAUGCCCAGUACGCCCACAUCUUUUCGGUCGCGGUCACCAUCUAUCAGUUCUUUGGAGACCAUUGAGGAUACUCCAGAUGCUGAGGAAGCAGCCCUGCUCCAAGACGAAGAAGCAAAAUUGAAAGGCGAAGAGGGCGACAUGAUUGAGACACGUAGGAAGAAUUCAAUGGAGAGUCGAGCAAACAACUUGCGGAGCAACAAGGAGAGGAAGCGAUGGUCCGUAUGUGGGGCCGAGAGGAGGGCAGACUUCUCCCUGGAGCCUAUCGAAGAAUGA